GUCUCGGCGCCGCGGGCGCCGCCCCGGGGGAGAAGGGCGUGCCCCCCCCCCCCCCCCUCCGCCCCGCUCCGCUGGGCGAUGGACGCGUGGCUGAAGGCCGCGGUGGACAGGGCGGCGACAGUGGCCGAUGCCGCGGGCAAGCUCGGAGAAGAGGCGCAGAAGCGCGCGGCGGCGGCGGCGGACCUGCUGGAGGUCCCCGGCCUCGCGCUCUCCGAGGGCGAGCGGGAGCUGACCUUCGAGAGGGGCCGCCUGGGCUUCGACCUGGAGGGCGUGCACGUCUGCUCGGUGGAGCCUGGCAGCCAGGCCGACCAGCUCGGCGUGAAGGUCGGCGACCGCCUCAAGGCGAUCGCGGGCUACAAGGUGCCCGGGCCGAAGUCCGAGGAGGCCGAGGAGGUGGCGCGGGCGCGGGCAGUGGCGAAGAAGUGGCUGAAGGUGCUGCUGGCCUCCGCAGUGCGCGAACCCGCAGUGCUCGGCCCAGUCGUACAGGUCGAAGUUGCACUGCCU